AUCCGCUGGAGAGCGGGGCAUGUUAGCGACUUUUAGCACGAUCAGAGCUUAGCCGGCUCUGUAGAGGCUUUACCUUGUGUUGUAUAUCUGGAGCAAGACAGUGCUGAGGCCCGAACGGCCAUCUCCCGUGCCAUGGCGCCGGGAAUCCUAUUUUACCUCUUGGCUUCACUGGUCAUCACGAAGGCCAGCGAAGAUGCAGCCGCAACAAGAGCAUUAAUUCAAGCAGACGCUCAAGAAGCACGAGAGUACGGCAAUUAUGGAGAUAACCAGAAAGAAAUCGUAGUUGACAUCGAAGAUGAAGAGAAAAAACAAUAUUAUGAAACCAACUAUGAUACCAAUGCUUAUGGAUUUGGUUACGACGUGGGUCCAAACGGUCAGUUUCACCACGAGAAUCGAGGACCAGACGGUGUCACAUACGGUUGUUACGGAUAUGUCGACCCCGACGGAUACCUACGAGCCACUCACUACGUCGCUGACAGCCACGGCUAUCGAGUUGUCGAACCCGAAAAACCAGUCGAAGUUUACCCAGAUGCAAAUCACGAAUACGACGAAAAUUCUAUGGAACCAAGCAAGAUACCUGGGCAGAUAGUACCAUGGAAUAAGUUAUAUCUACCUAGUGGAUGUGGCAGAACACCUGGCGGUAUUCCUCCAAAGCCUCUUCCGAAACCGAAACCAAAACCGAAACCACCUAGUCCAGCCCCAGAUAGCGCUAGCCAAACCAGUAACCCGAAACCUGAUGUAGUUUACCCCGGUCAAGGUGGCUAUUACCCUGGUACUGCUGGUACACCAGGAAGUCCUGGUAGUCCCGGAAGUCAAGGUACACCAGGCAGCCCAGGCGGACCUGGAGGCCCAGGCGGUCAAGGCGGAUACUAUCCAGGCUCUGGUAAUGGACCUAACGGACCCAAUGGUCCUUAUGGACCCAACGGACCCAAUGGUCCUUAUGGACCCAAUGGACCCAAUGGUCCUAAUGGACCAAGUGGACCAGGAAAUGGCGGUUAUUACCCUGGUACACCCGGCACAUCAGGCAGUCCCGGUUCUCCGGGUGGCCCAGGAGGUCCUGGUGGUCCCGGUGGACCUGGUGGUCCCGGCUCUCAUGGCUCUGGUGGUGGAUACUACCCUGGUUCAGCUGGACCUGGAGGGCCCACUGGACCUAACGGUCCCAACGGACCCACUGGACCUAGCGGACCUGGUGGACAAGGACAAGGUGGCUACUACCCUGGCACACCUGGUACUCCAGGUAGUCCUGGAUCUCCAGGUGGCCCAGGAGGACCUGGUGGUCCCGGAGGUCCCGCCGGCCCCGGAGGACCUGGCUCUCACGGCUCUGGAAGCGGAUACUACCCUGGCCAAACUGGACCUGGAGGACCUACUGGACCUAACGGACCCAGCGGCCCCAAUGGACCUAAUGGAUCAGGGCAAGGUGGCUAUUAUCCUGGCUCACCUGGUACGCCAGGCAGCCCUGGAUCUCCAGGUGGCCCAGGAGGGCCUGGUGGUCCCGGUGGACCAGGAGGCCCCGGUUCUCAUGGUCCUGGUGGCGGAUAUUACCCUGGUCCAGCUGGACCUGGUGCACCUAAUGGACCUAGCGGACCCAACGGACCGAGUGGACCUGGCGGACAAGGGCAAGGCGGCUACUACCCUGGCACACCUGGCACGCCAGGCAGCCCUGGAUCUCCAGGUGGCCCAGGAGGACCUGGUGGGCCCGGUGGACCUGGAGGCCCUGGUUCACAUGGCCCCGGUGGCGGAUACCAACCUGGUCCAGCUGGACCUGGUGGACCUAAUGGACCGAACGGCCCCAACGGACCAAGUGGACCUGGUGGAUCAGGACAAGGUGGUUACUACCCUGGUACAGCUGGCACGCCAGGCAGUCCUGGGUCUCCAGGUGGACCAGGCGGACCUGGUGGUCCCGGUGGACCUGGUGGCCCAGGUGCUCAUGGUCCUGGUGGCAGUUACUAUCCUGGCCAAGGAGCUGGACCUGGAGGACCCAAUGGACCAAACGGCCCCAGUGGACCAAAUGGUCCAUCUGGACCCGGUGGACCUAGCGGAUCAGCUGGUUCAGGACAAGGCGGCUACUACCCUGGUACACCUGGCAAACCAGGCAGUCCUGGAUCUCCAGGUGGGCCAGGAGGCCCUGGAGGCCCCGGCGGCCCCGGCGGCCCAGUUGGACCUGGAGCUCAUGGUCCUGGUGGCGGAAAUUACCCAGGACAACCUGGACAAGAACAACCUACUGAACCAGGAUAUCCAGGGCAGUCCGGACAAACAGGACAACCUGGCAAACCCGGUGACCUGGGCUACCCCGGCGAAUCAGGACAUCCUACACAACCAGGGCAGCCAGGAUACCCAGGAAAGCCAGGCCAACCAGGUACACCAGGCCAACCAGGCAAACCCGGCCAGCCAGGCUACCCAGGAGGACCAGGACAACCUACACAGCCCGGAAACCCAGGACAACCAGGACAGCCAGGAUACCCAGGACAGCCAGGUCAACCAGGUACACCAGGCCAACCAGGCCAACCAGGAACACCGGGUCAACCAGGCAAACCCGGACAACCAGGCUACCCAGGAGGACCAGGACAACCUACACAGCCUGAAUACCCAGGUCAACCAGGUACACCAGGCCAACCAGGCACACCAGGUCAACCAGGAACACCGGGCCAACCAGGCACACCAGGUCAACCAGGAACACCAGGCCAACCAGGCCAACCAGGCAAACCCGGCCAGCCAGGCUACCCAGGAGGACCAGGACAACCUACACAGCCUGGAUACCCAGGAGGACCAGGACAACCUACACAGCCCGGAUAUCCAGGACAACCAGGACAGCCAGGAUACCCAGGACAGCCUGGUCAACCAGGUACACCAGGCCAACCAGGCAAACCCGGCCAGCCAGGCUACCCAGGAGGACCAGGACAACCUACACAGCCCGGAUACCCAGGACAACCAGGACAGCCAGGAUACCCAGGACAGCCAGGUCAACCAGGUACACCAGGACAACCAGGAACACCGGGCCAACCAGGCCAACCAGGCAAACCCGGCCAGCCAGGCUACCCAGGAGGACCAGGACAACCUACACAGCCCGGCUACCCAGGAGGACCAGGACAACCUACACAGCCCGGAUACCCAGGACAACCAGGACAGCCAGGAUACCCAGGACAGCCAGGUCAACCAGGUACACCAGGCCAACCAGGAACACCGGGCCAACCAGGCCAACCAGGCAAACCCGGCCAGCCAGGCUACCCAGGAGGACCAGGACAACCUACACAGCCCGGAUAUCCAGGACAACCAGGACAGCCAGGAUACCCAGGCCAACCAGGCCAACCAGGAACACCGGGCCAACCAGGCCAACCAGGCAAACCCGGCCAGCCAGGCUACCCAGGAGGACCAGGACAACCUACACAGCCCGGAUACCCAGGACAACCAGGACAGCCAGGAUACCCAGGACAGCCAGGUCAACCAGGUACACCAGGCCAACCAGGAACACCGGGCCAACCAGGCCAACCAGGCAAACCCGGCCAGCCAGGCUACCCAGGAGGACCAGGACAACCUACACAGCCCGGAUAUCCAGGACAACCAGGACAGCCAGGAUACCCAGGACAGCCUGGUCAACCAGGUACACCAGGCCAACCAGGCCAACCAGGCAAACCCGGCCAGCCAGGCUACCCAGGAGGACCAGGACAACCUACACAGCCCGGAUAUCCAGGACAACCAGGACAGCCAGGAUACCCAGGACAGCCAGGUCAACCAGGUACACCAGGCCAACCAGGAACACCGGGCCAACCAGGCCAACCAGGCAAACCCGGCCAGCCAGGCUACCCAGGAGGACCAGGACAACCUACACAGCCCGGCUACCCAGGAGGACCAGGACAACCUACACAGCCUGAAUACCCAGGACAACCAGGACAGCCAGGAUACCCAGGUCAACCAGGAACACCAGGCCAACCAGGCCAACCAGGCAAACCCGGCCAGCCAGGCUACCCAGGAGGACCAGGACAACCUACACAGCCUGGAUACCCAGGACAACCAGGACAGCCGGGAUACCCAGGACAGCCAGGUCAACCAGGUACACCAGGCCAACCAGGCCAACCAGGCACACCAGGUCAACCAGGAACACCGGGCCAACCAGGCACACCAGGUCAACCAGGAACACCGGGCCAACCAGGCCAACCAGGCAAACCCGGCCAGCCAGGCUACCCAGGAGGACCAGGACAACCUACACAGCCCGGCUACCCAGGAGGACCAGGACAACCUACACAGCCUGGAUACCCAGGACAACCAGGACAGCCAGGAUACCCAGGACAGCCUGGUCAACCAGGUACACCAGGUACACCAGGCCAACCAGGAACACCAGGCCAACCAGGCCAACCAGGAACACCGGGCCAACCAGGCAAACCCGGCCAGCCAGGCUACCCAGGAGGACCAGGACAACCUACACAGCCUGGAUACCCAGGACAACCAGGACAGCCAGGAUACCCAGGACAGCCAGGUCAACCAGGUACACCAGGCCAACCAGGCCAACCAGGCAAACCCGGCCAGCCAGGCUACCCAGGAGGACCAGGACAACCUACACAGCCUGGAUACCCAGGACAACCAGGACAGCCAGGAUACCCAGGACAGCCUGGUCAACCAGGUACACCAGGCCAACCAGGCACACCAGGUCAACCAGGAACACCAGGCCAACCAGGAACACCGGGCCAACCAGGCGAACCCGGACAACCAGGCUACCCAGGAGGACCAGGACAACCUACACAGCCUGGAUACCCAGGUCAACCAGGUACACCAGGCCAACCAGGCCAACCAGGCAAACCCGGCCAGCCAGGCUACCCAGGAGGACCAGGACAACCUACACAGCCUGGAUACCCAGGACAACCAGGACAGCCAGGAUACCCAGGACAGCCAGGUCAACCAGGAACACCGGGACAACCAGGCCAACCAGGCCAACCAGGCCAACCAGGCAAACCCGGCCAGCCAGGCUACCCAGGAGGACCAGGACAACCUACACAGCCUGGAUACCCAGGACAACCAGGUCAACCAGGUACACCAGGCCAACCAGGCACACCAGGUCAACCAGGAACACCGGGACAACCAGGCCAACCAGGCAAACCCGGCCAGCCAGGCUACCCAGGAGGACCAGGACAACCUACACAGCCUGGAUACCCAGGACAACCAGGACAGCCAGGAUACCCAGGACAGCCAGGAUACCCAGGACAGCCAGGCCAACCAGGUACACCAGGUCAACCAGGUACACCAGGCCAACCAGGACAGCCAGGAUACCCAGGACAGCCAGGUCAACCAGGUACACCAGGCCAACCAGGAACACCGGGCCAACCAGGUACACCAGGCCAACCAGGAACACCGGGCCAACCAGGCCAACCAGGCAAACCCGGCCAACCAGGCACACCGGGCCAACCAGGCCAACCAGGCAAACCCGGCCAGCCAGGCUACCCAGGAGGACCAGGACAACCUACACAGCCCGGAUAUCCAGGACAACCAGGACAGCACGGUCAACCCGGUUCACAAGGACAACCAGAAUACCCAGGACAACAAGGACAACUUACUGAUCAAAAACCCGGUGUAAAUGGAGAUAAUACUAUGGGACAACCUUCUGGAACUGGAGUACAACCUCCCGUCUAUCCUCCAUCAAGUCAAAUGCCACCGUUCCCGAUAUACGUCAUACCUUACCCCUUGCCGAUUGUGCCAAGCCCUGGAUCAUGCCCUUGUUACCUUUUAAACCCGGGCAAUAAUGAUUCAAAUACUGUGUCACAGUCUCAAAAUAAUCAGAAUAGCAACCAAGCUUACACUCCUUAUGGAAUAAUAGGUUUUAUUCCAGUUGUUUUUGUACCUAAUUGCCCAGGAAAUAACACUGAAAUGCAAACGGCGCAACAGAACUUCCCCAAUGCAGUAUCAGUUCCAUACAACUGUGCUCAAUGCCAAGCAAGCAGAGAUGUUUAUCGAUACUUUGGAAGACUAAAUGGUGGGCGUAGUGUAGAUCUUAAUGAUUUGAAGGAAAUUAAAUCAUUGACAGAACUUGAAAAUCUAUUGAAAAAUGAAAUCAAACCACCGCGAAGAAGCCUUAAGAGGAUAGCCGUUCAUGCCAGAGUGCUCGAUGAAGUAACAAAUGACAAGAAAGUGAAAAAACAGGUGAAAAAUCACACAUAAAUGCUUAGAUUUAUGGCUAGUAAAAUUUUAAAUAAGGUUAAGAGUUAUUUUGAGGUCGACCGACAAUAUCUUGGACGAUUUCAAAAUAUUUUACAAAUUUAAUAUUUAUUUUCUGAUAACUUCAGAAAAGAAAGAUGAUUUUAAAUUCAAAAUAUCAUCAUUAAAUAUGACCAGUAUGUAAUAUUUA